GCACAGUCCAGGACUGCUCACUCCUUCGGAACCUGCCGGAAAACGGCUCGGCGAGGCUGUCGGAAGGAUGGCGGGGGCACCGCUGCUGCUAACUUGGAGCAUCACGGCGCUGGCGUGGGGAGUCCAGGGGGAGGUAAAGUGCAGCCGCUCCAGUCAACACCGCAGCUUGUGUUUGCAGUCAAUUCUGUUUAUCGCCAGAGGUGAAAAUGUUUGGGGAAAAAAAAAAUAGCAGAAAAUUCAACUGACAGAUAGAUUAACUUAAUGGUAAUGUAGAAUUGAUUAAAAAAAAAAAAAAGAAAAAGAAAAACAAACAAAGUCUCGGAGCAGCAAACAGCGGUUGACUCAUUUAUUACGUUGUCAUUGGAUGUCCCCCACCGCCGCCCCUCCUGAUCGUUUUCUACUUUUUGGUAUCCAGAAACAAAUAUCAGGCAGCGCCGCUGUAUACCUGGGUCAGCACCGAGACGUGUGGAGGCCGGCGAUCCACCUCGCGGUCAACCUCACCAAGAUAAGAGAACGAGUGGUGUGGUUCUUCUGCAGCAUCAAGUCGUCCUUUCAGCUCCGGACGUACGACCCGGAGGGGACCAUCUUCUACGGGGACACCAAAAACGGCAGGGACUGGUUCAUCUUGUCCCUGAAGGACGGCGUGCCGCUCAUGCAGAUCAGCCGCGGCGGGGUCCUCGUCAACGUGGCGGGCGGCCCCAAGCUCAACGACGGUCGCUGGCACACGCUGGAGCUGAGCAACCGUGGCCAUUUUGUUAUUCUCGAGGUGGACGGCUCCCGAGGGCUGGUGGUGGGCCUGCAGUCUGAUACCAUAGAGGAGGUUCUUUCAGGGUCCCUCAGACUGGCACUGGGCGGGAUCCUGAUUCCGAAGGAGAUGCUGUUUGUUCAGUUUGAGCCGCAGAUGGACGCCUGCGUGCGGGAAGGCAGCUGGCUGAACCUCAGCAUCCCCUGGGAGACGGACGCCGACGAGCUCCGGCCGUGCUAUCAAAACAUCCGACCCGGCAGCUUCUUCCCCGGGAACGGCUUGGCCACUUUCAACGCUUCGGUUUUUCUGACGGAGCAGGAGCGCGGCAUGACGAUCGAAUUGUGGGGCGAUUUCGCGAAAAUGGACGGGACCGUUUUAAGCAUAAGGCCGCCCGGCCGGGCGCUCACAUUCGCUUUAGUCACCGAUAACAACACUAAGGAAGUCGCACUGGUUUUUGACGGCCAUAAACUGAGUCUGAAAGAGAACUUCAAGAGGCUGCAGAUGACUUUUGGGACCGACUCGCUGGAAGUGCGACACGGCGGGCACGAAUCAAAGGUCCCGUGGGAUUUCCUCAGCCCGCUUAAGAAAUCUGGGCUUUUGAGCACAUUGAGAGAAACCCACGUGGCCAUCGGCGGUCUCCUCGGGGAAGAUGACGCGGGCUCCCGCUUCUUGAGAGGCUGCCUGGAGAAGGUCCAAAUCCAAGGGAAGGAUGUGGACCUGGAUCAGGCAGCAAAACACGAGUCCAUCUCCUCUCACAGCUGCCCCGUGUGAACUGCAAGACUUGCUUUGAGAAAUACAAUUUUGUAAUUCAGGCUUUUGAAACUGACAUAUUCGGGAUAAUUGUGCGAGCUGGGCUAAAAAUUAUCAGCCGUGUACAGUAAAUGUUGAAUAAAAUGCUUCAAUCUUGGCCUCAA